CAUUAUUGUGUAUUGUGUUCUGUUAUUGUUGUUUGGACAAAAUCGACCGUUCUACUGGAAUUAAUUGAUUAAUAUUAUUUAAAUAAUUAGUUUUAUGCUAGAUUUCAGAUUUCGUAUAGGUCAAGUGGAUCAAUCGGUUGUUCUUUCAUCUUUUAGUAUUGUAUACGUACGGAAGAAUGGCUUCGAAUCUAAAUAUGAACGACAGCGCCGCGGCUUUGGAUGACAGUUCUAAGCGACGGAGCUCGCGUUCGAUAAAACGGAGAAAGUUUGACGAUGAACUUGUUGAAUCGAGUUUGGGCGCAGGUUUUGGAUCACCUUUACCAAAAACGCAACGCACUCGUACCCAGUCAUUGAACAUGACAUCUACUAGUUUGGAAAUGGAUAAUGCCAUGUCACCAGUUCAUAGCAUUCCUGAUGUAGUUAUUGCAAAUACUACACCAUCUACAUCAACUACUCAACCACGGAAAGUUCCAUCAAAUAGAACUCCUACAAGUACCAUUGCAUUAAAUACUUUUAAUAAUGCACCAUCUACUUCAACAGUUUCAUCAUCAUCAAAUCGAAAUAGAUCAAGAAAGCAGAAGAAUUUAAAUAAAGAUUUAGGACGUUGGAAACCAACUGAUGAUUUAAUGCUAAUACAAAGUGUUUUGCAGACCAAUAAUUUAUCACUUGUCCAUAGAGGUGUUAAAUUUAGUUGUAGAUUUACACUUAAAGAAAUUGCACAGAGGUGGUAUGCCUUGUUAUAUGAUCCAACAAUUUCUAGGCUUGCUAUAUCAGCGAUGCGUAAUUUACAUCCAGAAAGCGUUGCUAAUAUAGAAUCUAAAGCUCUAUUUUCUGUUGCUGAAGAAGAACUCUUGGCUACAAUACAAUCAAAUUCACAACCCACCAUCGAAACAUUUCAAGACUUGCUCACCGAAAAUCCAAAUAUAUUCCAUCGAAGGCGCACAGCUAAAGUUCUUAUGUGUCAUUGGCAACAGAUGAAACGAUAUUCUUUGUUAUCAGAUCAGUGUAGUGCCUUAGAAAAUCCUAUUCCUAUACCAUUGAUGAGUGCACUUGAAGAUCGAAAUAUUCAUAUUCUUAACAAUGAACAAGAAGUAACCACAUUAACUUCAGAGCAUAUUCCUACAUUUGCUGAAUGUGAAGACUUAUUAAAUGAUCAACAUUUAUUGAUGGAAAGGCCAGAUCCUGUACUCGAGAGGCAUCUCGCUCUUACAAACAAAAAAAUAAAAAAGGAAAUCAAAGUUUUGGAGGAUGAAUUACCUAGAGCACAAGUACUAGUAUUCCCAAUGACUGGUAUCAAUCCGGUGGAGUUUGAACCUCAAACAUUAGCCGUAUUACGUGGUAGAUUAGUUAGAUAUUUGAUGAGGUCAAGGGAGAUAACCAUUGGACGUUCAUCAAAAUAUCAACAAGUUGAUGUUGAUCUAAAGCUUGAAGGACCUGCUUGGAAAAUAUCUAGACGACAAGCAACUAUACGUUUACGUAAUACUGGAGACUUCCUAAUUGCAUGUGAAGGUAAAAAGUGUUUAUAUGUUGAUGGAAAACCUUUGGCAGCUGGAAGUCGCUGCCGUCUCAAUCAUAAUUCUGUUUUGGAGAUUUCUGGAUUGAGAUUUCUUUUCCUCAUAAAUCAUCAAUUGAUUAACACAUUUAAACAAGAAGCCUGCACACAAAACCAGGUGCAGUUACCUGUACAAAUAGUUAACCAAACGCCGCAGAAACAGAAUACUAAUCAAAAGUCUCAGAAGACUACAGUUACAAAAGCUGAAAAACCUGUGCAGACCAUUGAACAACAACAGCAACAGAAAAAAUUAUUUGAAGAACAGCAAAAACAGAAAUUGGAAGAUCAUGAAAAAAUGAUGUUAGAAGAACAGAGACAAAAAAUUAUGCAGCAGCAACAAGAUGAACUAGAACAGCAACUGAAAUUGUUGGAAGCUGAAGAAGAAGAGCACAAUCAACGUCAACAAAAUUUAUUGUAAACUUUUUGAUUAAAUUAAUAUUUAUAUUGAAAAUUGUAUGUUUAUUAAGUAGAUUAAUUUUUUGUAUAAUUUAAUAUUAGAUAUGCAACUUCUGUGACGUAUAUUAUUGUACAUGGGACAAUAUUUAAUUUUUAUAUUUGGUUUCACGUUAAACUAGUUGAUUAAACAAUAUUUGAUAUAUGUAUUUUAAACAUA